GGUGUCCAAACUGACAAUGCUGGUGAGAUGAAGAUAGUGUUGCUGCUUCUGGGCUCACGGUGGACGACGAGAGGAAUCUACAAGGCGACAAGAUGAGAUCCAAGGCGAGGGCGAGAAAACUGGCCAAAAAUGACAGCGAGCCAGUGGACAGCAUGUACGACACAGAGGCCGACCUUCCGGGCUUGGCGGCCGGCGGCACUUGCACUGACAGUCCUGAAGACGACGCAGAGGAUGGCAUCAUCAACAUGUCUCCCCUGCCCUCACCGAGCCCCUCCCACCCGAACAACCACCACCUGCUGCUGCACCCCCACAUGUACAACACCCACCAUCACCUCCUCAACAACAACAGCAGCAGCAAUGACCAGGACUUCACCACGCCCAAGGAAGGCUCACCCUACGAGGCACCAGUCUACAUUCCCGACGACAUUCCGAUUCCCGCCGAUCUGGAGCUGCGGGAGUCAUCGGUACCGGGUGCCGGCUUGGGCGUUUGGGCCAAGACCCGUAUCAGAGUCGGUGAGAGGUUCGGUCUGCACAGCAAAGGCAGCUCCUUCGGAUGGGAGAUGAUGAAUGACCACGACGAUUCCUCCCCUGACAGCUGCGUCAAAAAGGUGGUGGACGACAUGGGCAACAUCAAGUUUGCUCUGGACACAGGCCCGGACAGCCCUAGCAACAGCUGGCUCAAGUAUGUCCGCUCCGCCCCUUCGUUUGAGGAGCAGAAUCUCGUCGCCUGCCACCUCACUGGAGACCAGAUUUAUUACAAAGCUGUCCGAGACAUAGAUGCAGGGGAGGAGCUUUUAGUUUAUAUGAAGGACGGCAUUUUCCCGGAGGGAUCCAUGGCACCCAACUUGCAAGAUGAACAGGUGUAUCGCUGUGAAGACUGUGACGAAUUGUUCUCAUCAACUCUCGAGUUGCGGCGACACCAAAAAUAUUCCUGCUCUAGUGCGGGCUCCAUCUUUGACACCCUCAGAGAAGACUUCAAACAGGAGCGGGAGGACAGCGAUGAGCCCGUCCACGAGUGUAAAGACUGUGAGAAGAUCUUUCCAAACGAGUACAGUCUGGGCCAGCACAUGAUAGUCCACACAGAAGAACGGGAGUACAAGUGUGACCAGUGUCCCAAAGCUUUCAACUGGAAGUCCAACCUCAUUCGUCACCAGAUGUCACAUGACAGCGGCAAGCGCUUUGAGUGUGAAAAUUGUGAUAAGGUACAGCAAACCCGGCACGUCUUCACAGAUCCCAGCAAUCUCCAGCGUCACAUCCGCUCCCAACACGUGGGGGCUCGAGCUCACACUUGUCCCGAGUGUGGCAAGACCUUUGCCACUUCGUCAGGCCUUAAACAGCAUAAGCACAUCCACAGCAGUGUCAAACCUUUUAUCUGCCCUGAUGGGCUGCAUCUUCUUGUACCCCCAGGUGAGGUGUGCCACAAAUCCUACACCCAGUUCUCCAACCUCUGCCGCCACAAGCGUAUGCAUGCCGACUGCCGAACUCAGAUCAAGUGCAAGGACUGUGGCCAGUUGUUCAGCACUACCUCCUCCCUAAACAAGCACCGGCGCUUCUGCGAGGGCAAAAACCAUUACGGCUCUCCAACGGGAAUGUUCAAUCCCGGUAUUCCCAUGAGCUCCAGUCCAAUUAUGGCUAAGGCCAAGUCCCACCAUCCUCACCUUCCGGGUCUGAACCAGUCCGGUUUGGGCUUCCCCGACUACUUUCCGUCCAGACCUCAUCCUCAUGCUGGUUUGCCAUUCUCCCCAGGGCCCCACGGUUUCCCAUCCCUCCCGCAUGGUUUCCCAGGCAUCUUUCCUCCGUCACUGUAUCCACGACCGCCUCUAUUGCCGGCUAGUCCAAUGAUGAAGACGCCCCUUGGCAACAGCACUCAAGAAGUCAAACUGCCUCAGAGUCCUCUAGAUGGCCCGCCAUUAUCUUUAGUUAGCUCAACAAAUAGUAAUGGUGGCAACGGUUUAAGUCUGACUGAGGACAAAGAUAGCGAGAGUAAACUAGAUUUGUCCUCUGGUGGAGAGGUAAAGACUAAAUCCAAGAUGGCAGACAUUUCAGAUGGCAGUGACCUGGAAGAUGUUAACACCACAAGUGGGACAGAUUUGGACACCACAACUGGUACGGUCUCAGGUGAUGGUUCUGACCUGGAGAGUGAUGGAGAUAGUGAACGUGAGCAUAAUGGCAAAAGAAGAAAGCCGCCUGUGGUCCUAUCAAGGCAAGCUGGCCACCAGUUAGAGGAGGCAAACAGUGUUGUGAUUCCAGCGGUGUCUAAUUCAGGGAACCUCUCCAUCAACCGUCCCUUUUUUUCAUCAGUGUCAACCCAGCACUCUUUCUUCCCCCCACCUGAUGAGCAAGCGCUGCCACCCACCACCGCGAAUGCUAAUGUGGCCACCACCGAUUCCAUCAAAGCCAUUGCUUCUAUUGCUGAGAAAUAUUUUGGCCCCGGCUUGAUAGGUCUUCAUCAAGAGAAGAAGAUGGGUCCAUUGCCCUACCACUCCAUGUUCCCCUUCCAGUUCCUACCCAAUUUCCACAACUCCCUGUACCCCUUUAGCACUGAGCGAGGUGCCCUCACCUCUGGCCUGUUCUUUAAGGGAGAUCCCAAGUCGCCUCGUGAGCAGCUACAUAAGAUGGUUUCUGGUGCACUCGGCGCGCCUGUCCCCGCUGUAGAAUCACCAUUUGAUCUCAGUACGAAGCCCAAGGAGACCAAGUUAUCUCCUCCAACUCCAGUUAACCCCUCAAACCCAAACACAAAUACUGGCAGUAGCAUGGGCUCUUCAAUAAUAUCUGGCGGCGAGGAACAACCAUUAGACCUCAGUAUUAACAACAGAAGCCGAGGAAGUCACAACGGUAUGGCAGUCGAAGCGCAAAAUCAAAAGAACCACAUCUAUGGAAUUGGAAAGGGAGUGUCCAUCAAGGAUGAAAGUCCCAGUUUUCCAAUUCCUCACUCCCAGUCACUGCAUCAAUCCCCAAUUGUACCGCACCAACAGCCACAGCAACACCAACCACCUCCUCUGCACUACGCCAAACCUUCCGCUUUCUUCAUGGACCCAAUAUACAGCAGGGUGGAGAAAAGGAAGCUACUUGACCCUGUAGGAGCUCUGAAGGAGAAGUUCCUCAGGCCUUCACCGCAGCUCUUUCAUCCGCAGAUGUCUGCCAUGGAGAACAUGACAGAAAAACUGGAAAGCUUUGGUGCACUAAAACUGGACAUGCCGCCCAAUUCACUGCAACAUACGGCUCACCCACUCUUCAACUUCCGCUCCCCUCCCCCUUCUCUCUCGGAUGCCAUCCUCCGCAAGGGCAAGGAACGCUAUGCCUGCAGGUACUGUGGGAAAAUCUUCCCUCGCUCGGCAAACCUCACCAGACACUUGCGAACACACACGGGCGAACAGCCUUACAGGUGCAAGUACUGUGACCGCUCAUUCAGCAUCUCGUCCAACCUGCAACGCCACGUUCGCAACAUCCACAACAAGGAGAAACCCUUCAAGUGUCACCUGUGCAACCGCUGCUUCGGUCAGCAGACCAACCUCGACCGCCAUCUCAAGAAGCACGAGCAUGAGAACAUUCCUGUGAGCCAACAGUCUGGGAUGCUUUCCAACUUAGGAACCACCAUCUCCUCGCCAAACUCCGAGCCAGACAAUCAUGCACUUUUAGAUGAGAAGGAGGACUCGUACUUCUCCGAAAUCCGAAACUUCAUCUCCAACAGUGAGAUGAACCAGGCCUCCAGCUCCACGGACAAAAGAUCUGACCCGUCUGAGGAGGAGCACCCGAGUGGCCACAGGUCCAACUCCAAGAUGGCCCUCCAGGGGCUGGAGGAGGAGGAAGAGGAAGCAGAGGGGGAUGAUGAGGAAGAAGAGGAAGGCAGCCUGACUGAAAAGUCUCACGAUGAGGCUCCGGAAUCCCCGUCUCCAGUUGCGACACGUGCAUAUGAAGAGGACGAGGACGAGGAAGAGACUACUCCAUUAUCUAUGAGCUACGAGCACUCUCGCAGGUGUUUAGAGGAGGAGGGCUCUCUGCUGGACCUUGAAGGUCAUUCCAGCUUUCCCAAGGGCCUGGAUGUAUUACGUAAAGCAGCCAGUGAUGAGCAACAUUUUGACGUUAAAGACAUAUUUAACACAUCGCUAGAGUCGGAGACUUUGAAAGAAACGUUGUACAGGCAGGCUAAAACGCAGGCUUAUGCAAUGAUGCUGUCUCUGUCCGACAACAACCCUUUGCACACGCCCUCCCAGAACUCCCUGGAUGCUUGGCUGGGCAUGGGAGGCGGAUCGUCUGAGACGAGCAGCUUCCACCCGCUCAACCACAUCUAGACAAGAGAGAGAAAUGGAGAGGAGGUUGGUGUGGUAGAAGGUGGCAGGAACAGUAGUUUGAUUAGAGACACAAGUGGAGUGGACACAAGUCGUCAUGAAGAACGGAGAAUUCAGUGUGUGUGUGUGUGUGUGUGUGUGUGUGUGUGUGUGUGUGUGUGUGUGUGUGUGUGUGUGUGUGUGUGUGUGUGUGUGUGUGUGUGUGUGUUUGUGAGAAAGAGGCGGUAGACUGUAAGAAAGCACUGCUAAGCUCCUGUUGAUGUGAAGGACAUACAUGAUGAAUGCUUCUCGACAGCAUUGAAACUUUGCCGAUCAUCCCCCUAAGUGCGCUCAGUCUCCCCUGGCGACAGCAGAGAGCUGACGUGACACUCUGUAGACACUUAAAUGACUCGUGUCACUAAAAGCUCUGUGUGUGAUGCCUGGAAGAAGAAAAAGAAGGAAAAAAAUCGCACUGCAGCGUUAAAACUACUUGGCCACAAGGGGGUGCUGUUUCUCACCAAGUGACAUUUGACUCCAGAUGAAACUCCACGCGGAUUGCGUGUCACCGACUGCAGAAUCAACGGGAGUGUGGAAAUGAACGAUAAAUACACACAGACUGAUUUUAAUGUGCACAGUAAAUUGAUUUUAGUGGAUUUACCAGCUUGAUCAUGCUGGCAAUCGUUCAGUCACACAUCAUUUCAUGUCACUCUUAAAUGUUGUUUGCUUACUUUCCUCUUAGUUACCGCAGUAUUCUUUUGUUGUAGGCACCUUCGUGCUAAAUUAUUAAUAUAAUUAUUUUAGAGAAGGACCAAAAUUGUAUAAUAAUGUCACAUGGUGUACAAAAUAACCUAGUUGUUCAUAGCGAUGGUGACACGUGCCAAAUAACCCAUAGAAAAUAUUUUGUUCUCUGACAAUCAUUUCAUUUCCACUUGCUCCAAUAUAUUUGAUUUCAGAAGCAUGUGUGUAUGUAGUAUUUAUUUUUUGCUUGUUCACUCAUUCUGUAUGAGGUGGUGGGUGCGAGAGUAAGGAAAAGUCCUCUGUCUUCUUUUUUUCCUUUGGUUGCUGAAGGAAUAAACACCGGUGAGAGAUUGAGAAUCUCCAGUUUUGGUGUGCCAUAAAGGAAACGAUCCAUGAAAUGUUAUUAUUUAUAGUGGAAGAUAGUUGUAGUUUUAGUGGCACUGUAAUGUCCUUCCGUGUUUAGUUUGCCUCUUGCUUCAGUUCCAUUUCACCCGUAUUAAGUAUUAUUGUGGGGGGAGCCUUUGCCGUUAGUAUCACAAAAAGAUAUUACCAACCUUUAUAAGACAAAUAGAAUCUGUCAGGAUUUGAUAAGAACAUGUAAUUGUAAUGUAGCCCAAAAGGCCUGGACCAUUUGUCCGACCUUAUUGGGGAAUGAGACUCAUGAAACCAGAAGAAGUAUCUAAAAUACAUUUACUGGCAUCACAAUUCCGCUAGUCGGUCGUUCAUGAAUAAAAUGUUUCUUUUAAUCAAUGGUGGCCCUAUCGGAUGCUCUCCUGUUCUUCUCCUGGCGUCAAACUCAUUCCAUAAAUUAGCAGGAGGACAUGACUUCUUUUGGACUGUAGAUAGCUGUAGAUAGACAUCACGGGAGGCGUUUCUCGUCAUCCUCAAACUCGGCCUGAUGUAUUUUUCAAGCUAGCACUUAAUGAAACCACAUGGGUCCAAGCCAUACCCUGAUCAGGCUUAGGUCUCGGCGACAGGACAGAAGGAACACUGUACUUUUCUUUGGCUACACGAGGACUGCUGCAUCAUCUCAUUUUUCUGAAGAUACAAGUCUCUUGUUUGAUAAAUCUCUUCAUUUAUUUACCUUUAUAAGAUGUAAAGAUGUGGGUCGUUUCUAUGUCGUGAUUCAUGUCAAGUCAUGGACUACUGUAGUAAGAAUGCGCUGUGUAAAGGCUUUGAAGGCAUUGAAGCAUUCCAUUUUUCCCACUUCAGAAAUUAUUCUGGCAGAUGGUCGUCAAGAUAUUGGAACGCGGUUGCUGUCCCCCUCCCCCGCUCACUGUUACAGGAGACAAAAAAAUAGAUAUUGUUUCUUAUUGACUGUACAGUAUUUUAAAGAUGGAAAAUAUGGUGCAUUUGUCCGAAGGAAGAAAAAAAAAUAAUGGAAAAAUAUGGGCUUAAAUGGAUGGUGCUUGUUCGUUUGGAUCUGAGUUGUAUAUCGCCUAUGUUAUGUUUAUUGAAAACUGACAACAACAAAAAAAUAUGAUAUUGUGCAUGACGUGUUUAGCGGUCAUAAUUAUGUCCAUUUGUGAAUUGUGUAUCAAAUCAAAAAAAGAUUAAAAAAAAAAAAAAUC